UGUUCGGUUCGUCCAAAAAAAAAAAAAAAAAAAAAAAAAGGCGAAACCUUGAAAUAAGAGUUCAGUUUCAGUCCAAUUCCAUUCGACACAACACAACUCGCUUUUUCCAUUCCUUACAAAACAGUUUUCGUCUUUCUCCGGUUUCUCUUCAAAGGGUCUCCUUAUUAUUAUUAUCUAGAAUCGAAUCAAAUGGCAACUCUGGGAGGCGUGCACGAUUCUCAACAAGGAUGUUCUGCUCAGAACAGCGGCGAGAUCGAAGGUCUCGCUCGUUUCGCUGUCGAACAACACAACAAGAAAGAGAAUGCCCUGCUUGAGUUUGCAAGGGUCAUAAAGGCUCAAGAACAGGUAGUUGCUGGGACAAUGCAUCAUCUUACUAUUGAGGCUGUUGAUGCGGGUAAGAAGAAGCUAUAUGAAGCCAAGGUUUGGGUGAAGCCCUGGUUGAACUUCAAAGAAUUGCAGGAGUUCAAGCAUGCUGGUGAUUCACCGUCAUUUACCCCUUCAGAUCUUGGGGUUAAAAGAGAUGGACAUGGCGCAGGAUGGCAAGCAGUGCCAACACAUGACCCCUCGGUUCAAGAUGCAGCAAAUCAUGCUGUCAAGACCAUCCAGCAGAGGUCUAACUCAUUGUUCCCUUAUGAACUGCAAGAGGUCAUUCAUGCAAAGGCAGAGGUGAUAGAUGAAUCUGCAAAGUUUGACAUGCUUCUAAAGGUCAAGAGGGGAAGCAAAGAAGAAAAGUUUAAAGUGGAGGUACAUAAGAAUAAUGAAGGGAGCUUCCACUUGAAUCAGAUGCAGCCUCACGAGUCCUAACUCCAUAUGCUAAUCUCACCAAAUCUGUAUGGUCUGGGUGUUAUAACACUUUGGGCUCGUAAAUUUCUGUUUAUGUGUUGAUUUUAAAGUGUGGCUUAUCAGCCAAAAAACUGAGAAAAAUGUAUGGCUUUUUGUUUUUUUUUUUUUAUAAUUUAAAAGAAUGUAUGGCUCUAAAAAUAUAUAUGUAUGCAUGGUAAUGUUAAGGCUUUUAUAAUAUGUACUUUGUUCUCACUCAA